AUGUCGACACCCACACAGGCCAAGUCCACGAUCGUUUCACGAGGUCCACUGGACCCGGCCGAAGCUCGCUGGGCUCGAUUGGUGAAAACCACCUACACCGAUCCCCUCGGCGUUGAAAGAACGUGGGAAUCGGCAGAGCGACAGACCCGCCCCGCCAAUUGCGAAAUCGAUGGUGUAGGAAUCGUCGCUAUCCUGAACAAGCCGUCGGGGCCUGAGCUACUCUUGCAAAAGCAAUACAGACCCCCUAUUGGCAAGGUCGUCAUUGAAGUUCCGGCUGGCCUUAUCGAUGCUGGCGAGACGCCCGAGCAAUGCGCUGUGCGUGAGCUCAAAGAGGAGACCGGCUACGUCGGUGUGGCUGAGCAGACGAGCCCGGUGAUGUACAAUGACCCUGGCUUUUGCAAUACCAAUCUGAACAUGGUUCACGUGCGUGUCGAUAUGACUCUAUCUGAGAAUCAGAACCCCAAGCCAGAGCUUGAGGAGAAUGAGUUCAUUGAGUGCUUCUCUGUGCCGAUGGCCUCUUUGUUUGAGGAAACGAAGAGACUGGAACAGGAGGGCUAUGCUAUCGAUGCCCGCGUCGGCACUCUUGCUGAGGGGCUGGAGCUCAUGAAGAAGCUCAAGCUAUGA